UUAUUAGCCGCCUAAAUAUUUAUAUAAUUUUAUGGUUUUCUUGCUCAUUAUAUAAAGGGGCAUAUGUUACAUAACCAAACAUGUCUUCCAUGGCUUCUCUACUUGUUAUUUUUGGUCUUCUUGCCACAUUAAUCCUAGAUACAGCAGAAUCACAAGUUGGAGUAUGUUAUGGAAUGCUUGGAAACAAUCUUCCAUCCGCGGCACAAGUCAUAAGUUUAUACAACUCAAACAACAUAAAGCGAAUGCGACUCUAUGAUCCUAACCAAGCCGCUCUACAAGCAUUGAGUGGUACCGAUAUUGAGGUGAUGGUAGGGAUCCCAAAUUCGGAUCUUCAAUACGUUGCUGCGAGUCGUGACAAUUCAUUUGAUUGGGUAUGGAGAAACAUCAUGAGUUAUCCGGAUGUCAAAUUUCGUUACAUAGCAGUUGGUAACGAGGUUAAGCCAUCUGAUGGCACAUUGGCUCCAUUGGUUCAUCCGGCUUUGACCAACAUCCGGGAAGUUGUCUCGUUUUAUGGCCUCAAGGAUCAAAUCAAAGUUUCAACUUCGAUCGACACAUCUAUGAUUGGAGUUAGUUAUCCUCCGUCACAAGGUGCAUUCAGGGAUGAUGCCCGUGCGUACAUAGACCCGAUCAUCGGGUUCCUAGUUGCCAUCGAUGCACCAUUGUUGGUAAAUAUCUAUCCAUAUUUCAGUUACACAGGAAAUCCGACACAGAUAUCACUAGCCUAUGCAACAUUUACUUCUCCUGGAACCGUAGUACAAGAUGGAGCAAAUGGAUACCAAAACCUUUUUGACGCGAUAGUAGAUGCGAUGUACUCCGCGUUAGAGAGGGCCGGAGGGUCCUCGGUGGAAAUUGUGAUAUCGGAAACCGGAUGGCCAUCAGCGGGUGCAUUUGCAGCGACAUUUGACAAUGCACGCACAUACUACACAAAUAUGGUUGCACACGCGCCAAAGGGUACACCUAAGAGGCCGGGAAGAGCCAUAGAGACAUACUUGUUUGCCAUGUUUGACGAGAACAAUAAGGAACCUGAACUCGAGAAAAACUUUGGAGUGUUUUAUCCAAACCAGCAAGCAAAGUAUAACCUCAAUUUUAACUCGAUUCAAAAAGGGUUCGAGGCAAUCUAGAGUUGGUUUAUUGUAUUCUUGAUGAACGUAAAGCGUAUUUUGGAGGGUGACUAUGAAAUAUUUCAUCCUUCAUGUAUUUUGUAUUUUCUUGUGAUCUUGGUUCAAUAAUACCUAUAGUUUGUAAAUG